CCUCGCACUCGCAAGCUCGCAAGGCAAGCUGCCGCCGCCGUCUGGCAACGUACGUUUAAAAAUGGCGAUGUCCAAAAGGCGCAAGCACAUUCCCAAGGAAGAAGAAAGUGAAGAUUCUGACAGGUCUCACAGCGACUCUGAUGGUGAUGCGUUCGUGGACACAGAAGUUAACGUCGACUUCGAAGCACGAACACCGGACGACGCUGAUUUUCAUGGAAUUAAGCAGUUACUUCAACAACUCUUCCUCAAAGCACAUGUCAACCUCUCUGAUCUCACCAACCUCAUUUUGGAGCAGAAUUAUGUGUCCAGCGUGAUUAAGCAGUGCGACGACAUGGAAGACGAUGAAUCCAUGGACGACGACUCUGAGGACGACGUGUUUGGCGUCCUUAGUGUCGUGAACCUCACAGAGCUCAAGGAACGCGAGUGUGUUGGUCAGAUCAUCAAGAUGCUACGGGACAACUGUCGCGAGUUUGCAAGUGGUUUGUUGCCUAAAUUUGAUGAGUACUUCACUGGCAAGGAACAUGUUGGAUUGAUUCUGAGUGAAAGGUUCGUCAAUAUCCCACCGCGAAUAUCCCUGCCCUUGUACGAAUCUCUCACGAGUGAUGUGGAAAGAGCUAAGGCCAACGGGAGAAAAUUCGAUUUUGAGAAACUUAUCCUCAUUUGUAAACAGUACAAAGCAUCGGAGAACGAAGAAGGAGCUAUGUUUGCGAACGCCGAAGAGGAACUCUUCGAAGAGGAAACAGAGCUGCAGUUCGAAUACAGUGUAAAAGCAGAGUCUGACACAGCCAUCUCUGGGAAGUGGGAAGACGAGGACAAAGAGAUGAUGCAAAUUCGGAAAGUUCUGGUUAUCCCAAUCACGAAAUGGGGUACGAUCAUGGAAAAACUCAAGUCUGCUCUGCAUUAAAGUGGCUGUUUCCGGUAAAAUGGCCAAAAACUUG